AUGGCAGGGUUAUAUGGCUUACUCUUCACAAACUUGACUUUACCACCCAUAUCGGUCAUCGAAAACAAGACUAUCCUCAUCACCGGCUCCAAUACCGGUCUCGGUCGAGAAGCUGCUCGCCAUGCGCUUGCCCUGGGAGCCGGGACUAUCAUCAUGGGCGUACGCAUCCUGAGAAAAGGCGAGGAGGCGAAAGCCAACAUUGAAGCAAGCACCGGCUGCACCGACAAGCAAAAGGUCCUCGUAUGGCCUAUCGAUCUAGAGUCAUUCGAUAGUGUCCAAGCGUUCGCAACUAGAGCUCAUAAGUACGUCUCAGAUGGAGGCCGGCUGGAUAUGGCCAUUAUGAACGCUGGAAUUGCCUCCGUCGAAUACGCGACUACCAAUGAUGGAUGGGAGAGAGGGAUACAGACAAAUGUACUAUCGACUGCACUCCUCAGUCUGUUACUUUUGCCGCUGCUUCUGCGUACGAGGGACCGGGAUCCCUCGGCCAGGCCUCAUCUGGCUCUCCUCACUAGCGACAUCCAUAAGUCAAUCAAGUUUCCCGAACGGUCUGCUGAUUCCAUUCUUUCUCUUCUGAACAGUGAGGAACAGUGGAAGAAAUCGCAAGCUAUGGGGGGAGCCACCGAGCGCUAUGGUGUCACCAAGCUGAUGGAUCUCUUUAUCACUAUGCAAAUCGCGGAAUUGGUACCUCGCGAUGGACUUGGGGAGCCGCUAGUGAUUGUCAAUGCUGUAACCCCCGGAUUCUGCAAGUCGGAUCUCCUGACUAGGGAGAAGGCACCGUGGAUCCUGAAGCUAGUGCAGGCUUUGAUUGCUAGGACGGUUGAGGAUGGUAGCAAAACCCUACUGCAUGCCGUAACGCAAGGGGCGGAGACUCAUGGUAGGUGGUUGGAGAACCAGGUUAUUACAGAUCCUGGUACCAUUGUGACGAGCGAUGAAGCGGCGGUCGUGAGGAACAAGGUAUGGGCAGAGAUUAUUUCUGUCUUACGGGAUGAUGUUGAUCCUGAGCUUCGAACUCAGUUCUGA